CCCUGGUCGCUGUCACUUGCUUUUUGGUCCAGGCGUGUUGUGUAAACGCUGGCCCUCUUUUCUGAAUCCGAAAUUCCGGCGCAAGCUCUCCGGGAUUGUACUUAUCAGAACCUAAGACUUCCCCUAGGCCAUGCUGCACCUCUUACGGCGGCGUACGGCGUUAGUGCCCCUCAUCCGGGGCCCGAUUAGUGCUUCGCUGCACACAACGGAAAACCGGCCGGGUUACAUAGUGCUAGUCCCGGAGAUCGGUGAGGAGGGUCCACUUGGUGAGGGCGUGCUGAAGCCGGACGGUCUACCCGCCUUCAGUGACAUCACAAUAGAGAUGUGCCUGGGUGCCAUUGGGCAGCAGGCUUCGGCUGUGGAGAACUCAGUGAAGGCGCUGGAGGCCGAUCUGCAAAAUGGCAAGUCGUUAGACGCCGGCGGAAUCUUCCGUGAGCUGGACACCGUCACAGGGCCACUAGAGACUACGUGGGGCGUGGCAAAGGCUUUGUACCUGGGUAACUCCACUCUGAUUCCCACCAAAUCCUACAUGAACAUCCACGAACGGGCUCGUAAUGCUCGGGCGGCCAAGUUUUGCAAUCAUACAGUGUUUAAGGCACUUAAUGAUGCUUCGGCCGAAUCUGGACCAGAUGAGCGGCGACUGCGACAAAAGUUCCUGCUCGAGGGCAAGCUGAACGGGCUUACCCUGGACAAGGAUAAGCAGGACGGACUGAAGGAGCUGCUCACCCAUCUGGGCCGCGAGAGAGCCAGCUUCAAGAACAAGGUCAACAUGGCAGUGCAUUCGUUCGGUCAAGUGAUUACCGACUUCAAUUUAGUAAGAGAUUUCCCGCCUUCCCUUCUAGAGGCAACUGCACGCGAUCCCAGUCAGCCGUUGGAGGGUCCAUGGAAAAUUACGCUGCAGCCUCAAGUGGUCGACGGAUUCCUUAAACACUGCCCAGAGCGACUGCAACGCUGGAACGUUUGGAGAGCUAGCGUUUUAAAGGCGUCUUCGCAGCAGGAAAAAUCACUAGAGAACAGCACACACCUUGAGAAGAUCCGUGGUUUACGCAAGCGACAGGCAAAUCUACUGGGCUAUGCUAACUUCGCGGACAUGUCCAUGCAGACGAAGAUGGUGGGUAGUGUGGACAACCUGAAGCAAAUAUUUGCUAAACUACUUAAAUUCGCCGGCCCUGCUCAAAGUGUGGAGCUAGACAAGCUCCAGAGUUUUGCCCAGGAUAGCGGCUGUGACUACAAACUGGAGGCCUACGAUGUGGCCUACUGGCGACGCAAACAACUGGUGGCUGAGCACGGCCUGCAAGAGCAGAAGCUCAGUGAGUUCUUUCCACUGCCCCGCGUUCUGUCCGGAAUGUUUGCGCUUAGCGAAAAGCUUUUCGGCAUCCAGAUAGUAGAGCAGCCCAAUGCGGAGGUAUGGCACCCGGCAGUCAAGUUCUACGACGUGUUCGAUGCUGAUUCGGAUAAUAGCUCCACUCCGGUGGGAGGUUUCUAUGUGGACUGUUACUCCAAAGAGCACAAGUUCGGCCGAAACAACGGUUGGAUGGUGGGUAUAAGAAAUAGCAAUAGAUCCGCAGGUCUGACGCCCCUCUGCGCACUGAUCUUCAACUUUUCUGAGCCGCAUAAAAAUUCGGCAGAGGGCAGGCCCCCACUUCUCGCAUACGAUGAUCUACAGAUGCUCUUCAAGACCUUUGGUAGUGGAUUGCAGCAUCUGCUUACUCAAGCGGGCUACAGCGAUCUAGCUGGUCUUUCGAACAUCGAGUGGGAUGCCUCUCAGGUGUCCGGUCAUGUGAUGAGCAACUUUCUCGAUGACCCCACAGUGAUCCAAAACCUUUCCGGGCAUUUUAGCAGUGGUGAACCCCUGGAAGCUAAGCUUUCUCAAAAGAUGCGACUGCUGAAGACCCAAUUGGCUGGCUACAAUUUAUGCCAGGACCUAUAUCUGGCAGAUCUUGACGUCGAGCUGCAUCGAUCGAAUGCCUUUUGGUUGGAGAUUGUUCGUAAGCUUUGGCCCGUGUACCACUGUAUGCCGCUGGACAAGAAAGACGCCCAUCCCUGCUCACUCACGGAUAUUUUUGCUGGAGAUUGGGCAGCCGCGCAAUUCAGUCACUUGUACUCCCGGCUAAUAGCCGCAGACAUUUCAAGCAGCUUUGCUGUGCAGCGAAGCGAGGAGAACUAUGCUGCCGUUGGUAGACGCUACAAGCAGACUUUCCUGAGUUCCGGCGGAUCAGUUCCCACGGCGGAAGUAUUUCGCCGCUUCCAGGGUCGCGACCCGUCUGGCGAAGCACUCCUUAAGUCCCUGGACAUAUUCGAAACCUCACAGACUACGGAAAACAAUUGAGGGUCAGGCUCUGACCCGCUAAAACGUUAUCUUUUGUGUGUAGUCAACUGAUAAGCCUGAUCGAUGGCAGCCUGGGUUGCUCGACUUGUUUGACUAACAAUUUUAGGGGAAAGUAAUCUUUUGAGUAUUUGAAACAAUUUUAAAAUAGGUUUGAAAUAAAAUGUUAAAUAUUUGUUAAUUGGUCAAGAAAUACAUGUACUUAUUGAAUACAAGUAUAUAUUCUCUGAUUUCCCAAAGAGAAAAACACAAACGAGUUUUACCUGAUCAAUGAUAAUAAUUGACAAUUCUGUACUUUCCGCUUUUUCGAUUUAUUAGUUAGGCAAGUCGAUCUACACCCUAAUAGCAGUCGGAUUAUGUGAUAGCGAUCGCGUGAGUCAGGUGGGAUCUUAUCGCAGGUGUGCAGGUGGUGACACCGGCCGCCAGUGCCGGUCCCCUCAGUUAAAACACACAUUGUUGCUUUAUUUAAAUAAUACUUUAAUAAUAAAUUGCAUAAAUUUAUAACAUUUAA